AUGUGGAAUCCACAAGAUCAACUCCUCUUUCCGUCUGGGGCUUCGAGUCCCUUCAAAUCGAAUCCAUCGAAUACGAGUUUCGAACCGCGUAUGCAAUCCGCGUCGAUUGAUCAGUUGAUGCAGCAGAUAUCCGACCCUGCGAACAAGGCACAGGCUAUGGCGACUCUUAUAAAGAGGCACCCUUCAACUCCUGAUCUUGCAAUAAGACUUUGGGAGUUUCCCAAUGCGGUGACUACACUGCUAUUGGAAGUGGUAAACACUUACAAAUCACUUGAACCCUUGAAGCUCACUGCAUUGGAUUCCGAGCGAGUCUGCCUAGCUAUCACUCUGUUUCAGAUCAUUGCUUAUCAUCCACAAACAAAGUUGCAACUUAUCAAAGCCCAGAUCCCGGUAUAUCUAUACCCUUUCCUUUCCAUGAAACUCAAAGAGACGCCUUUUGAGAACCUUAGGCUUACGAGCUUGGGUGUUAUUGGCGCCCUUUUCAUGGUUGAUGAUAAAGAGAUUUGCUAUUCUCUUCUGGAGGCAGGCGUCGUUCUUCAAUGCCUACACUCAAUGAACUAUGGAUCUGAACUUUCCACAUCUGUUGCGGUUUAUAUAAUCUUGAGACUCUUGAAACAGGAACCAGGUCUGAACUAUUUCCUUCAAAGUAAAGAAAGGUUUUUAGCUCUUACAGGACUUUUCCAAAAGCUGUUGGAGAGGCUUGUGAAAGAUGCUCAACCAUCUCUGAGGUUGAUAAAGUAUAUUCUUGGCUGUUACAUUUGUCUAUCGGGAUCGCCACAGCUGAGCCGUCCCAAUACAUCCAUUGAAAUCAUAACCCGUCUUCAUCCUCCGAUUUUUAAAGACGUGGCUUUUCACAACUACAUUCGCCGGGUUGAUCCUUCAAUCGGAAUGCAGAUAGAAGAUAUGUAUCGAAACAUGUACCGAACGAGAUCAUAG